ACAAUUACUGCUAAUUUACUCCUUUAAAGCCGACGAUCAGAAAAAAAUACAUAUACUAAUUAUGUUGUAAUGACAAAGAAGAAACCAAGCGUCUUCAAUACAAAUGCCAAUUAAUUCACCCAUACAGGCACAGUGGCACCAAAUGAAAACACCUAGAUAACAUUAUUCUUCUUAUUACAAGCGUAGUCAUAUAAUUUUCACUCCUCCCCUCCCCCGCAAUACUUAAAUGAUGUAACUCACUUUACACGUUUCUUACUAACCAUGCAUAAGUCUGUAUAUUAAACGGAGUGCAUGUCUAUCUUAUAGUAUUAUCUUUGAUGACAAGUUUAUGGUGUAAUAUGUUCUGGAGCGAGUUCAUGGAGUUUGAUCGAAGGUUUUGGCUCUCGAAUUGUCGUGUCAUACUUGAAGGUAAUUAAGCUAUGAACCCUGCGACAGUACCAACUCUGGUUGAAGACCUACAAGGCGAUGGAAGGUGGUUAAGCAUGCACAAUCGUUUCCUGUUAGACACAAAAGAAAAGGAACCAGAUGUGGUAUUUAUUGGUGAUUCUCUAAUACAAAGAUUGGUUCAUACAGAAAUGUGGAACAACUUCUUUGCUCCCAUGCAUGCCCUCAAUUUUGGUAUAGGUGGUGAUCUGAUACAAAAUGUUUUAUGGCGGAUUGAAAAUGGAGAAUUGGAUCACAUUAAUCCCAAGGUGGUUGUGGUGCUUGUAGGAACAAAUAAUUUUCAUUGCACUGCAGAACAAAUUGCAGAAGGAAUAAUGGAAUUAGUACGAGUAAUUCGUGAUAAACAGCCUGAUGCAUACAUCGUUCUACCGACGUUACUUCCCAGAGGACAAAACCCAAAUCCUUUGCGAGAUCGUAAUGCUCAAGUAAAUAAACUAGUGCGUUCCAAAGUUUCUGCAGUGCCAAAGUGUGAGAUUGUUACAAUUGACAAGGGAUUUAUCCAGCCAGAUGGCACAAUCAGUCAUCAUGAUAUGCAUGACUAUCUUCACCUAACAAACUCUGGCUAUCAGAAAGCAUUCGAGCCAGUGUACGAACUGUUGCUGCAGCUGUUAACAGAGGGAGAGACUGAGAAGGAUCUGACACCUUCCGAAUGAAUGAGAAGUGGAAGGUUUGUCUUGGAAACACUGAAAAUAUACAGUUCCAAUCAUUCUGCUUAAGAAGAAAUGAGUCUCCAGUGGAGAACACAAUAAGGUUGUAAAUGCCUCAAAGACUUUGUUCUUCAUUCUUCUUGUAUAAAGCAUUGUCUUGUUCAGAAAAGAUUAUUCUCAUAAAGGAAGAAGAAUUAUAUACAUAACUUUAAUUUACUAUUAACUUCAAACAUCUGAGUGGCAUACUGUCUUUGCUUUUCUGAAUUUCACGAAGUUGUAAGACAUAAUUUCUGAAAUGUUUUCUAAACUUCAUAAUUUUGUUUAUUGUGAUUGGAUGUUACAAAAUGACUGUUUAAAAUAAAUGUGAGCAAAGUUUAUAACUA